AUGGAAUUCCUCUCCCAAACCUACACCGCCCUCCGCGGCCCGCAAGGCGCCCCGCAAACCGCCUCCGAAACAAUAACCAAACUAGCCGACCGUCUCUCUCCCUCCACCCUCCUCGCCGACCGUCGCGCCUCCGUCCUCUCCCUCAAAAACCUCUCUCGCUCCCUCACCCACCGGCCCGCUAUCUCAUCUUACGCAUUACCUGGGUUACUCGAGGUAUUGCAGAAUGAUGCGGCGGUGGAUCCGGAUACGGGAAGGGCGGUGUUGGAGACUUUGUAUAUUCUUUGUGAUGUUACCGGUGCUUCUGACCCUCCUUCAAAUCCAAAUGCGAACUCGAGGGAGACAACGAAUUGGGAAUCCCGCGACCUCGCACAGCGUAAUAUCGAUAUCGUCUUGUCCACCCCUAAUCCAACGUAUAAACUCUUCGAGCUCCUCGGCGAUCCAGCAUUUUACACCCGUUUCUCCGCCUGCGUCCUUCUGUGUACGCUCCUCCGUGCGCGCCCGGGACCGACGCAGGGGUAUUUUUUGAAGGCGCCGUGUGGGCCGGGGACGGUCGUGGGGUUGUUGGAGGAUAGGAGGGAGAUGUUGAGGAGUGAAUCCCUCCCCCUCCUCCAAGCCCUCAUCCACUCCUCCCCCGAGAUCCAAAAGCUACUCGCGUUCAACGGCAUCUUCGAGCAUCUCUUCACCAUCAUCACCUCUGAAGGCGGGCUCGAUGGCGGUCCGGUGGUUUGUGAGGUGUUGGGCGUCGUGGAUGGGUUGUUGCGGUUUAAUGGGAGUAAUCUCGCCUAUUUCCGCGAAUCAAGCCUCCCCUCCCUUCUCUGUCGCCUCCUAUUCUUCGAUCCGAAUCUAAACCUGGACCUCGACGCGGGCGAACAAGUUCCGCAGGAAUUCGCGCUGCAGUUUUGGACGGCGCAGAAGGAGGAGGCGGUCGGGAGGGUGUUGGGGGUUGUGGGGAUGGUGUUGGGGGCGAAGGGGAGUGGGGUGAAAAGCCAAGCGUUCACGCGGAUGCUCAUCGAGAUGGCACUCGCUUCGAACGCGCCGACGAGGCUUAAAGUCCAGUCCCUCUCCCUCCUCCCCCCCUCCUCCUCCUCCCUCCUCCCCUCCCUCCUCCUCACGCCCUACACCCCCGUCCCGGACACCGCAGGCGAAGAAUGGGACAGAUUGGAGCCUGCGACGGGGAUCGAUGCGUUGUUGGAUUUGGUGGUGCAUGGGGAGUAUAACGGCGUGGAUGGGGAGGGGAGGAGGAAGGAGGGGUUGGAGUUGAGGGCGGGGGCGGUUGGGGUUUUUGAGAACUUCCUCCGCGAAGAUAACAUCCGCGAAGCCAUCGUCUCCGGCAUGCUUCCCCCACCCUCCUCUUCCCCUCCUUCCUCCUCCGCCCCGAAUUCCAAGCCAAGAUCCCCACUAACCCCCCUCCUCUACGGCCUCAUCCUCCCACUCUCCUCUUCCUCACCCUCCUCCGCCUCCUCCUCCUCCCACAACAUGUACGGUGACGGCGCGCACACACAGACACAAACGCUCGACCGCUCGAAUGUGACAUCUUUCCAAUUCGCCACCAUCCUCUUCGCUCAUCUUAUUCGACACGCACCACAAUGUAAAGCCCUCGCGCGGGGGAUCGUUCCUCCUCCCUUGAACACAGACGCAGGAGGAGCGGGGGGCAACUUCUUCGUACCGGCGGAUGGUGCGCCCCCGCCUGUACCCCAAUCAGACCAGAAACAGGCACAAGAAGAAGAAGAAGACGAAGACGAAGCCCCAACGCUCUUACAGCUCCUCACCGAACAUCUCUCUUUAGCUUUCCUCUCCAGAGGACGCGCUCAGGGCUCGAAUAAGAGCGGUGAUACCGAGCCAGCGCCGAUACAGAGUGGGAUGAGCGGCAGGGAGCAGAGGGAGUGGGAUAGGGUGAUCGUGGCGAGUUUGGGGUUGUUGGGGCAGUGGCUUUGGGAGGAGCCGAAGGCGGUUAGGGAGUUUUUGGAGGGUGGGGGGUUGAGUUUGCUCGUUGAACAGCUGAACCAGCCGCCUUCGGAAUCGGACGUCGUUAUUCCCGGCCUUUGCGCUUUCGUACUCGGGAUCUGUUACGAGUUCAACCGCGAACCGGGCGAGAUUACUCGCGAAUCAAUGUCCCCCCUCCUCUCCCGCCUCGGCGUCGACAACCUCGUCUCACUAACCACCCGCCUCCGCGACGACGAACGCAUCAAAUCCGUCUCGCCCGACUCUUGGGUCCUGCCCUGUCCGACGCCAAGGAGCCUCGAUCCGGGAUAUACGCCGAUGUAUGAGGGCGAGGGAGAGGUGUGGUUCGAUUGGGCGUUUGUGGAUUUUUGGAAGAGUAAUUGCUAUACGGUGCAGAGGGGUCUGGUGGCCGAUCCAGCGGCGCCGCCCACCAUCGCCGCCCAAAGCGGCGAAGAAAGCGUCCUGGUCGCUUCCCUUCGCGACAUCAUCAACAAACAGACCGCCGAGAUCCAAGCGCUCCAUUCGCAGCUGCGCGAGCUUUCUGGGGCGUUGGAGAGCGCGAAGGAAGAGGAACGCACCGCGCUCCAAACCCAACUCGCCGCGCUCCAAGCCGAACUCACCUCCGAGCGCGAAAAGUCAAAAGAGGCAGAGAAGGAGCAAGAGGAUCUCUUAGUGCUGCUUGAUGAGCUGAGCACGAAGCGAGCGAGGGAUAAAGAAAGGAUGAGAGAGAAGGGCAUGGAGGUUUCGGAGGAUGAGGGGGAUGAUGAUGAGGAGGAGGGGGAGGAGGGGGAGGAUGAAGAAUAG